UCUUCUUAUUGUUCAACUUCUUCUUCUCCUCUUCUAGUGAUUGAUCGAUCCAGAAUUUCUAGCUAACUAAAGAUUUCAUAAUAUGGGUUAUUGGAAAUCAAAGGUUGUACCUUUAUUCAAGAAAGCUUUCGACAAGAACACUACUAAGAAACUGGCAGCUUCAGAAGCUACCAAAGCUUUCGACGAAUCCAAGGAAGGAUACACUAAGGAAAUCGAAGAUAAAAAAUCUGAUCUUCAAACCAAAGUAGUUGAAAUCUACAACUCCUUGUCCACUGAAAUCAAGGGUUUGGUAAAGGAACCAAAAGAGGCAGGAAUUAAGAAACAAUCUGCUUCAGUUCAGAGUUUACUUGAUGAACUUGCUAAAAUCGAUUUUCCUGGGUCGAAGCUGGUUAGUGAAGCUGCUUCAAAAGUUGGGCCGGGUUUGAUUCCCGGACCGGUGAUCUUCAUACUAGAGAAUGUUUCAACUUUUAUUGUGACUGAAGAACCGGCGGCUGCCGCCGAUGAUGCUCCACCGUCGACUGAGGAGACCAAGGAUAGGGAAAUAGUGAUUGAGUCGGAGAAGAAGGAAGAAGCGCCGGAGACAGCGCCGGAGCCAGCUCCGGUGGCGGAGGUGGUGGUGGCGGUGGAGAAGACUGUGGAGACUGUGGCGGUGACGGCGCCGGAGACGGCUAAGGUUGAAGAAGCUCCGGCAGCGGAGGUAAAGCCGGUAGUGACUUGAUUUGAUUGGUUGGUUGUUAUGGUUGAAGAACAAACAUUGAUUGUUUUUUUUUUUUUUGAAAUUAAAUUUGGGGCAGUUUGUGUAAUUAAAAGUAAUUUGUUAUAAUUAAUGUUUGUGAAUAUUGUAUGUGGGUGGGAUUUGUUUGAAGGAGGGGGGGAAUGUAAAAUGUUUAUUCUUGGAGGACUGAAUAAUAAAUAAAAAAAGAUGGGGAUGAUUGUUUAUUUGUGAAAUUAUUAGUAUUGGUUGUAUGAUUGGGGUGGGGUUCAUUGCUCUUCUGUCAUUGUUACUUAAAAGUCAUGGAUUAGUGUCAAAUUCAAUCCAUGAUAUUGAUGUUUACUUCUUUGG